AUGGUUCAGCCACCUCCGCUACCACCCAUGCCAGUGCAACCGCCGCCGCCACCUCCAAUGAUGAUAACACCUCCCAAUCCGCCUCCAAUAUGUGUGCAACCACCUCCGCCAGGCCCUAUAACCUUUCAACCUCCACCGCCGGAGCCGAUGUAUGUGCAACCGCCGUCUCCUUGUCCGAUCAACGUGCAGCCACCUCCGCUGCCCCCACUCUGCGUCCAGCCUCCAUCGCCACCACCCAUGUGUAUUCAACCACCACCACUAGAACCCUUCUGCCUGCAGCCGCCUCCUCCGGCACCUAUCUGCUUCCAGUCUGGACCGCCUUGCUCGUGCGGUCAGCCCUUCUCAGCGCAACCGACGCCUAUAUACUUAUAA